GAGACUGUGGUCUUUCCAUUCCGCUUUCGGCGGGGCAGUGGCGCGGCCUCGCGUGGCCUGCCGCGCCGAGCUGGCGGCAGCGCCAGGAGGACUUUCAAGACCAAAGAGGAGGAUUUCUACUACGCGGCAGCCCACUUUCAGCAGCAGCCUGAUGAGGCGAGCAAGCGCCACUGCAUGCAGCGCAGCCUAGUGGUUGUCUCGCAGCAUGGCUUCUUGUCCUUCUGGGCCGAGCUGGCCUUGCAGGUGGGAAGGCACUUCCAGCAGCACGGCCCGGAAGCUUUGGGCGCCGCCAGUGCCUCGGGCAUGUCCAGGGGGCAGGCCAAGGCCAGGGCAGGCGAGUGGACGUCGGGUCAGACCCAAGUGGACGCAAGAGGCCCAGGAGGACCCAAGUAA